GCGGGGAAUUUCCAAACACUCUCUUCUCGCGAGAUCAGAAACAGCAUGGCGGUGCUCCUUGAAACGACGCUGGGCGAUAUAGUAAUCGAUUUGUUUACAGAAGAAAGGCCUAAAACUUGCCUGAACUUUCUGAAAUUAUGCAAGAUAAAGCACUACAACUACUGUCUCAUCCACAAUGUCCAGAGAGAUUUCGUUGUGCAGACUGGGGAUCCCACUGGGACGGGCCGUGGUGGAGAAUCUGUCUAUAGCAAACUCUAUGGGGACCAGGCCCGCUUUUUUGAUGCAGAGAAAACGCCGCGCAUCAAACACAGGAAGAAAGGGACGGUGUCCAUGGUAAACAAUGGAAACGAUCAGCAUGGUUCUCAGUUCCUCAUUACCACGGGUGAGAACCUGGACUACCUGGAUGGCGUCCAUACUGUAUUUGGGGAAGUGACAGAAGGCAUGGACAUCUUGGCCAAAAUCAAUGAGACCUUUGUGGACAAGGACUUUGUCCCAUUUCAGGAUAUCAGGAUAAAUCACACAGUUAUCCUGGAUGACCCCUUUGAUGACCCUCCUGACUUGCCAGUACCUGAUCGAUCACCUGAGCCCACCAAAGAGCAGCUGGAUAGUGGCCGAAUCGGAGCAGAUGAGGUGAUCGAUGAUACGGAUGGGAAAGGAGCCGAGGAGUUGGAGGAGAGGCUGAAGGAGAAAGAAGCCAAAACUCAGGCCAUCCUGCUGGAAAUGGUGGGUGACCUCCCUGACGCAGAUGUAAGGCCACCAGAGAACGUACUGUUUGUGUGCAAACUGAACCCAGUGACCACAGACGAUGACCUGGAAAUCAUCUUUUCUCGCUUUGGUACCAUUAAGAGCUGUGAGAUCAUCAGAGACUGGAAGACUGGAGAUUCCCUCUGUUACGCCUUUAUUGAGUUUGAAAAGCAAGAAGAUUGUGAAAAGGCCUACUUCAAAAUGGAUAACGUGCUCAUUGAUGAUCGACGCAUUCAUGUAGACUUCAGCCAGUCAGUCUCUAAGAUCAAAUGGAAAGGGAAAGGUGGGAAGUAUACUAAAGAUGACUUCAAAGCCUAUGAGAAGGAUGUGGAGAACCGAUCCAAGCUGGCUCUCAAGGAUCAAGUGAAGCCCAAACAAGAUUCCAAGUAUGACCUGCUAAUUGAGGAGGAAGACGAGGCGACAAGCCAUCGGCACUCUGAGAAGAAACACAAGGAGAAGAGGCACCAUCAUCACUCAGAUGACGAGGACAGCAGGAAGUCCAAAAAGCACAAGGACAUCGAGGACAGCCGGCGAGACAGGAAGAUGGGACGCCAGCGCUCUCGAUCCCGCUCCAGCUCCCGUUCCAGAGAGAGGGACCACAAACACAGCAAGUCUCGGGUCAAACACGGAAAAGAGGGCCGUGAUAAAGGCCACAGCCACAAGGACUGGAGCCCGAGCCGCUCCUCCAAGAAGUCCAAGGAUAAAGACAGGAGUAGAUACAGAUGAGGGAGAGCAGGGAAUGAACGAUGGUUCACCACCAAUUCAUUGAAUAUCUUUCUGUGGCAGGAGAGUGGAGCAACAGAGAGGGCAUGAAUGUUAUUCAGCAUGAAUUAUACGGCAUCUAAGUAUUCACAAGCCAAAAGUACUGACCUCCUUUAAAAUCACUUGACUUGGACUUUUAGAAGAAAAAAAACUGAUGAUUAUUAGGUCCUUGUCACAUUGUCUGAAAGAAUAAAAAUGUUUGAGAAAUGCUUGUUUGUUUUUUUUUACAGGUAUAUUAAAAAAAAGUUUCAAAUCCCCCAAAA